GGAUUUAGUUUCGGUGGCGGAAUCGCCUCCGGCAGACGUGUGAUUGUCACACGUUUCUUGGUCAGCGGCUCUAAGAAUACAUUGGUUGGUUAAACUUUUGUGUAGUGUCCUUUUGUCACAACACAUGCGUUUACACAAUGCGUUUGAAGCUUCAGAAUAUAGAGAACUAGGUAAAAGCGGUAUAUUAGUGAGUCCACUUGGGUUUGGGGCUUCUCCUCUAGGUGGAGUGUUUGGUCCUGUGAAUGAAGAAGAAGGGAUAAGAGCUGUACAUAAGGCUUGGAGAGAGGGAAUCAAUUUCUUUGAUUGUUCUCCCUAUUAUGGCUUCACAAAAGCAGAAAAAGUACUAGGUCUGGGUCUUAGGGACCUUCCCAGGGAAUCUGUAGUUGUAGCUACGAAAGUAGGCAGAUAUGGACCUUCAGAGUUUGACUUUUCACCAAGCAGAAUUGAAAGUAGUGUGAAGGAAAGCAUGGAACGACUCAAUGUAAACUAUCUCGACGUUGUGCAGUGUCAUGACAUUGAGUUUGGGGAUUUAAGACAAGUUGUGGAGGAAUCUUUACCUUUGCUCGAAUCUCUGAAGAGAAGGGGAAUAAUAAGAGCUAUUGGGGUAACUGGUCUUCCGCUACAUAUCUAUGAUUACGUAAUAUCCAAUUCAAAAGUGAAGCUUGAUCUGGUACUAUCAUAUUGCCAUGGGUGUCUUAAUGACACUUCGUUAGUAAAUAUUCUGCCGUUCUUAAAGGAAAAUGACUUGGGAGUUGUAAAUGCUUCUCCAUUAAGCAUGGGUUUGUUGACUAUUCGAGGAGCUCCGGAGUGGCAUCCUGCACCGCCAGAACUCCGCUCAGCAGCCAGGAAGGCAGCAAAAGUGUGUGAAGAACACGGUGCUGAUAUCGCUGAGUUGGCUUUACAGUUUGCUUACCAGUUGGAAGGUGUAACUUGUACUUUGGUUGGCAUUGACGGGGUCAAAAAUUUAUUGAAAGAUAUUGAUGCCGUUCAUAAGGUCAUUGACCAAGUGCUUUUGCAAAAAGUUUUGGAAAUUUUUGAACCUGUUCAUAAUAUUACCUGGUUUAGUGGCCAUAAAGCCACUGAGUAAAGAUAGAAUCUACCAUGUACAAGUAUUUCAGGUUUUAAGGACAUGAAACAACAUCAUAUUGGUCUUAUGUUUGAAAAACCAUUUUGUGGAUAGAUUGGAUAGUAAAAUGUGUAGUGGGAAA